GGAAAAUUGGCAAUUCAUGUCAGAAUGAGCUAUUCGGCGCGGUUGCGCAUACGACGACGCACGGCUGUCUCAGCUCCGUAACUUUUAUGUGCCCCUGGUACUUGUUACGGUAGUUUAUUUUUAUUUUAGUGUUUUUAGUGUUUAGUUAUUUAAAUUAUUCAAAAUGAGGAUCCAGAGUUUUUUGCGUCAGUGUUUGGGGACAACCAUAAUGGCCUUCCCGAAGUUCCUUCUCGGCUCCGGUACAGUAUGGCCGUCCUACGCCCUGCUCAUCCUCCAGAGCGCGUCCACGCCCCUCUCAGGACCCAUCAGCCUCUUCGAAGAAGCCCUCAUGGGCAGUCUGCCCUACAUCUCCAGUAUUUUCAUGUCUCCAUUCGGUGGAGUCAUUGUAGAUAAAUUUGGGAGGAGGUGGAGUGGUAUUUUUACGAAUGCUGUAGUUGCGGUAUCGUGGGUGUUUGUUAUUUACGGGACAACGUCUCCUAUGUUAUUAAUUGGAAGGUGCUUAUUUGGCGUGAGCGGUGGAUUACUUAUGCAGGUAGCCUGGGCAUUUGCAGCAGAAGUGUCCGAAGAUGCCUGCCGAGGCUUCAUGUCUUCCAUGCCAUCAGUCAUGUACGCUUUUGGUGCCCUGGUAUCCAUAAUCCUUGGCUGGGUGACCACGUACCACAACAUUGCGUAUAUAAACUUCGGUCUGGCGAUUGUGAAUGCGUUCACAAUGUGGUUGCUUCCUGAGACCCCGGUGUAUCUUUGCUUGAUUGGAAAACAUGAGGAAGCGUUGAAAUCGUUAUCUUUCUACCGUGCGUCUACCACCAAAGACAUGGCAGUUAUCGAUGAGAUGGCAGAAAUUAAAGCCAACCAAGACAGCAAGCAGAUAUCUACGACAUUAGUACCGACUGAAGAACCCGUGACCCAGGAUCCCGAAAAGCAAAAUCUAGCAAACGAAGAAUUCGUCCCCCCUGCAAAACUAUCAGCUAUGCAGUAUUUCCGCAUUUCUCCUGGAGCGCGCUGGUCCUUCAUCGUCGUCACUUUACUCAUGACUCUCUCCAUCUUCACGGGAGUCAUCGCCAUCCAAGUGUACGGUGGAACUCUGUUCCUCAAGGCCACCCCAUCUCUAUCGCCUGACUUGUGCGCCGUUCUUCUGGCUUCCAUCUUGAUGGUGGGAGCUAUCUCUGGAGCAGCUUGCACGGAUUUGUUUGGCAGAAGGAUCUUACUGACAUCAGCAUCUACUAUAAACGGGGUCUGUAUGGUGCUGCUGGGUGUUAUGGUACGCUGGCCAUUUGGGCCCGAGUGGUUGGUGCCGGCCGUCAUACUGGUCUUCUGCUUCAUCUUCAACCUCGGCGGUGGCAUGAUACCGUAUGUGCUGUUGGCUGAAGUGUUUGUUCCUGAGGUAAAAGGCUUCUCGCAAUCCAUCAUGAUGUUAUGGCUGUACCUCGUCAACUUCAUCCUUCUACUCGUCUUCGUACCAGCAGUCGAAUACAUCGGCCUCGAAGUAGUAUUCUUCGUAUUCGCGGGCUGUGCCUUUGCCUGCACAUUAUGUACCUACUACAUGAUACCAGAGACCAAGGGCAUGAACCCUUAUGCCAUAGAGGAGUUGUUUACGGCGAGGGUAAAGGAGGGAAGGCGGUGGGCGAGACCAAAUUCGGAGAAGAAAUGAUUCAUGUACAAAAUAAGAUUGACAAUAAUUUCAGGAACAAGUCUUAUUUUAGUUAAUAUAGAUCUGUGAAGAUUUUCAACGGUGAACGUGAAGUACCAAAUGAGCAAUUGAUGGUUACUGUGAUAAAAUCAUAUCAUAUUAACUGUUUUUGGGCUAUAGUAGA